AUGAAUACCGAACAAAGGGAGCAGGCUGAAUCUCUCCUGUUGAAAGCGUCCCGAACGUACGGCAUUCAGACAAGCAAAGAUGAUGUGCAGGCCGCCAUCAACCAUGCCAACCACGGCCCCAUGUUUGCCGAAUGGGCUUUGACACAUUUGACAUCCGAUACCCUGUUGACAGCCGAUGAGCUCGACGUAUAUACGGCACUGGAUGGGAGCGGACGCGUAGAUCAGCUGGCAGACCUGCACGACCUUACCGAGGUGCCGGCUGUGACUGAGGAUGAGUUAAUGAUUGCAAUCGAAGAGCUAAGGCAAUGUACGGGCAGUGUUUCCAAACAGACGGAAACACUGCGUCAACAGCAAGAUGCCCUAUCUGGAAUGGUAAAAAAGCAAACCGAAAAUGCCAGCCGCCGAAAAGAUCUAGAAAGCCUUCACAGAAAAAAGUGUGAAUUGGAGCGUAACCAACUCACUAAAGAAGUUCAGCGCAUGUCCCACGAAAUCACACUCCAACUCGCAGAGCUUGACCAGCACGGACCAGCACUCAACGACAGCAUCACAACGCUCCUUCAAUCCGACGACAAGCUCCUUUCAAGUCUCCAGAAGCUAGGCUGGGAACUCGACCAACCCGACUCAGACGAAACGCAAGCCAUUGAAAAGCUUCGAGAGACGUGCAUGCGUCUCAUCAAAACAACGGUUGAAACCGUUCGCACCAAACUAGACACCAUCUACCUGGAAACCCUCAGCACCGCAGAGCGAUGCGGAACCGCAAAACCGGCCACAAGCGACCAAGUCAAGGCGCUCCAAGAGGAGGUCGAAUCGCUCUACUCUGAGAUUUUGCCCGUCGCCCAAAUGUCUAUAGACCAGCAGCAUCUCGAGCCCGCGCUCAAGGCCCUCUCUUUGAGAACCGACCAGAGCACCGGAAAGACAACCACAUCCUUGACAUAUAUCAACGAAUGCCUCAUCUACCUCGUGGAUCGCAUGAACAGGCUCCAUGCAUACGUCCAGUCGCACAGGUCCCACCAAGCCGCCUCGGCCGCAAUAGCCGUCAUCGCCAAAGCAGAAAUAGCCGCUGAAAUCCUCCCCAAGAAGCCAAGACAGGUCCCUGCUUCUCCCGCUCGAACUCGCAGCAAUACGUCCGAACUGCGCCGACGGCGAAGAUCCUCGGGGUUCCGGGAAGAUACACCGAUGGAGACUCUGCUCCAAGACCUGGCCGUGACCUUGCCCCCUGAUUGCACCAAGCUCAAAGACCAAAUUGACUUCCUGGAGGGGCUGUUGGCUCAAGGAAACCGCAAAUGCAAUGGCGUGGCGAAAGGAGCGCAGGAGGGCUUUGAGUCCACCGCCCGCGCCCACGUAGAAGACGCCAUGCAUGCAAUCCAACUUGUUCGGGAUAGCCUCCUGGCCGAUAGUCCCUUUGGUGAUGUGAAGCUGGUGGACCCAGAUAUCGAGGGCUCUAUCCUGGUGCUGGCCCAGGAGGUGGACAAGGCCAAGAAGAAGCUGCAAUCGCUCGCGGGGCACAGGGUCGUUGCGAAAAGCGAGAAGAGGGAGGCGUUGAUUCAGAGAUGGGGAUCGUAG